GAUCACAUGACCGUGGAUAUGGACGCGGUCCUGUCCGACUUUGUCCGCUCCACGGGGGCCGAGCCGGGCCUGGCCCGGGACCUGCUGGAAGGAAAGAACUGGGACCUCACGGCCGCCCUGAGUGACUUUGAGCAGCUGCGGCAGGUGCAUGCUGGGAACCUGUCGUACACCUUUGGGGACGAGAGGGGGUUCAGCCCCCCGGAGAAGGAGGCGCCCAGGGUGGGGCGACCCCUCCUCCACCGGCAGGAUGACGUGGUGCAAGAGAAGCGUCUGUCACGGGGCAUCUCCCACGCCAGCUCCACCAUCGUGUCCCUGGCCCGCUCCCACGUGUCCAGCACAGGAGGGGGCAGCAGUGAGCCCCUCCUGGACACACCCCUCUGCACCUUCCAGCUGCCCGACCUCACCGUGUACCGCGACGACUUCCGCAGCUUCAUCGAGCGGGACCUCAUCGAGCAGUCCAUGAUGGUGGCCCUGGAGCAGGCCGGUCGCCUCAACUGGUGGACCAAGGUGGGAGCCAGCUGUCAGAGCCUGUUGCCCCUGGCAACAAGUGGGGACGGAAACUGCCUACUGCAUGCGGCCUCAUUGGGGAUGUGGGGUUUCCAUGACCGCGACCUGAUGCUGCGGAAGUCUCUGUACGCCCUGAUGGACCACGGCGGGGAGAGGGAGGCACUGCGCCGCAGGUGGAGGUGGCAGCAGACACAGCAGAACAAGGAGUCAGGUCUGGUCUACACGGAGGAGGAAUGGCAGAAGGAGUGGAAUGAGCUGCUGAAGCUGGCCUCCAGUGAACCCCGGAUACACUACAGCACCAACAGCAGCAGCAACUGCACCGGGAUGGAGCCCGCAGAGGAGCCGGUGUAUGAGAGCUUGGAGGAGUUCCACGUCUUCGUCCUAGCCCACGUGCUGCGCCGGCCCAUCGUAGUGGUCGCAGACACCAUGCUAAGGGACUCCGGAGGGGAGGCCUUUGCGCCCAUCCCAUUCGGGGGCAUCUAUCUGCCCCUGGAGGUGCCCGCCAUCAAGUGCCACCGCUCCCCGUUGGUGCUGGCGUACGACCAGGCCCACUUCUCUGCCCUGGUGUCCAUGGAGCAGCAGGACAAUGCCAAGGAGCAAGCUGUGAUCCCCCUGAUGGACUCGGAGCAUAAGCUUCUCCCAGUUCACUUUGCUGUGGACCCUGGGAGGGACUGGGAGUGGGGGAAUGACGACACCGACAAUGUCAAGCUGGCGAGUGUCACCCUGUCCCUGGAGGCCAAACUGCACCUGCUACACAGCUACAUGACGGUCACCUGGCUGCCCCUGCCGUGCGACACACAGGCUCCGCUGGCGCAGCCCGAGUCACCCACCGCCUCCGCCGGGGACGACGCUCGAACGCCGCCCGACUCGGGCGAGUCCGAUAAGGAGUCAGUGUGCAGCAGCUCCAACGGCACCUGCGGAGCCGGGGCGGGGCCUGGAGGAGGAGGGGGCGGGGCCGGCGGGAACGGGGCGGCGGCCAAGACGGGCGGCGGCUCGUCCAGCUCCUCCAGCUCCUCAUCCAGCUCGUCCAGCUCCAGCUCGGGGGGAGCGGGCGCGAGCGCCAAGGAGAAGGCUGGCAAGGACAAGGAGAAGGAGAAGGACAAGGACAAGAAGCGGGCCGACUCGGUGGCCAACAAGCUGGGCAGCUUCGGCAAGAGCCUGGGCAGCAAGCUGAAGAAGAACGUGGGCGGGCUGAUGGCGGGAAAGACGGCGGGCGGGGCCGGGGGCGUGGCCAAACAGGCCGGGGAGAGCCAGGAGAAGAAGAAGAAGGGCUCGCUGAAGGGCCGUAAGGGCAGCAAGGACGGCUCGCCUUGCGCACAGGGCGGCUCCGGGGAUUCUGGGAAGGGUUCGCCGUCGUCGGGCAGCGAGCGGCAGAACGGGGGCGGGGGGGACCCCUACAAGUACAGCACUGACGUGAUGCUGAGCCUGAGUAUCCUGCGGGCGGCCAUGCAGGGCGAGAGGAAGUUCAUCUUCGCCGGCCUCCUCACCACCAGCAACCGCCAGCCCUUCCAGGAGGAGAUGAUCCAGCGCUACCUGGCCGACGCCAAGGAUCGCUUCCGGGCGGAGCAGGAGCAGCGGCGUGAGGCGGAGCGCAAGGCGGGCGGCGGCCCGCCCAAUGGGACGCUGCUCAAGAAGGAGGGGGCGGAGCCCGGGUACCGCAGCUACGAGCCCAAGGAGGAGCCGGCCGAGCCGUCCCCGCCCUCCUUCGCCCACCUCAAGCCCUCUGCCUUCACCCCCACCCCUUACACCAUCCCCCGCCCCUCCCUCAUUGACCCCGCCCCGCCCCCCCCGGCCUCACACCUCCCCCCGCCCGGUUACCUGGAGACACGGCGGCAGCUGGCAGGCGGGGCCCCUUCAUACCCGGGCCUGCCCUCCUACGCCACCCUGCCACGCCACUGCCCCCUGCAGUGCCCGCAGUACCAGCUGCCCGUCUCCUUGGGGGGGCCCGCCCGAGCCGCCCACUGCCUCGCCCCCUACCCCCCCGAUCAGGACCCGCCCAGCUACCUGCCGGAGCCGGCGGGAGGGGGCUACAGUAACGGCAUGCGGGAGACGCGCUCGGGCUCGGACAGCAGGGCGGCCCCGCCCCCCGUGCGGCACUACUCGCUGGGCAGCGCGGCGGGGCUGGCGGCCCUCCAGUCCACUCGCUGCAGGACGCCUGGCUGCAACUACUACGGACACCCGGAGACGGGCGACUACUGCUCCUACUGCUACCGCGAAGAACUGAAGAGGAGGGAGGCCGAGACGGCCGUGCACCGCUUCUGAGAGAAAGAGUCCCCUCUCUCUGUUCCUCUCUCUCUCCUUCCCUCCCUCUCUCCCUCUCUCUCUC